AUUCAACUUUCUUGAGUGCCAUGUAAAAAUUAGCAUCACCAAAUGUAAGCAAAAUAAAUGUGAAAUAGUACUCGUUAAGUGUAGGUUAUAAUUUUGGCGCAAAUACCCGUUUGGACUUUUUAAUUCCAGAAUUCUAUUUCAAUCUUAACCAGUUUCCUGGCGCCAUCUACUACAAACAACGGGAAACUCGCACAGUUUGAAAUUUAAACGUCUCCCGCGUUGCUCUGAAAUGUUUCGCACUUCCGGCUUCAAUUUCGCGAUUGUUUUGAAUUUGUUUUAAACCCUGUUUGCCCGGAUCGCAAAACUAAGAUCGCGCAACUGAAUGAUGUGCCUUGAGGCCUUGCAUUUGGUGGAUUGGCCCCAGAACACCCAAACCUAACCUUGAAAACUUUGUGUACAAACAAACAUGGCUAAUAAGUCGUCUCCGAAAAAAGUGGUGAAAAACAUCGAAAAGCCGCGAUUGGUGCGGCAAACUUGCAAGGUUUUUAAACACUUUGAGCCGGCUGUUGACUUGAAUGCGUGUCGCGUAAAUUUACAGGCCGUAAUUCCGUUAGUAAACGUUGAGAGUGAAGAAGAGGUGGCCGUCCCACCAAGGCGAUUCCGAGCUAAACCACCCAGAAAUAUUCAGGUCUUUAAGAGCAGCUCUUCUUCCAGUUUGGAGUCCAAAGUGGAUAAAUUUUGCAACCGAUCAAAACCCAAUGCUGCGGCGAAUAGAAGAGCCAAUAAGUCCCACAGGGCCGUAAAAACCGCCAGAGAAAAUGCUUCCUCGGUGCACCCGAGAAGCGCAAUUUUGAAAUCGGUUACAGACCCUGCUCUGAUUCAUCGAGAACGAAACUUAAAGGCCCUGAAACAGGAAAUUUUGGAGAACAGAAGACCCACAAUUGCGCAAACCGGGCAGGGCGCUAACAGCCCCCGGUUGGCGGUUUUGAAGUCCGAAAUACACCAAUCCAGAACUGACAAUGUUUUCCACAAGAAAGUCCUGAUCACAGAGCUCCGAUCGGAAAUCGCUCAGUACAAGCAGUUCAGCAAGUACCAGGUUUACAGCAACUACGAAGGAAAUGGGGCAGAGAAGAAGGAACAUUCAGAGCCACUGGACAACAGUGCAAGAGAUAGGCAAACUGAAGCAUGUUCAGACAGGGGGCAAUCGGAAUCCGAAACCCGACCCAGCUCGAAUGCUGAUUCGCUAGACGACAGCGUCAUCAGAAGUAAAAUUGAUGAAGCCAAUCAACUAAUCGCUCGAGUAAAGAAAGCGCUGGGUAAAAUCAAGGCCCGGAAACCCUGCGAAGGCUUUGAAGCCAAUUCCAGCUCUACUGACAUAGAGGAAACCAUCAGAGCUUUGAAGCAGGAAACCGAGCAGUUGAUAACUGGGGAUGCCGAUGCAGAGGAGAACCAACUGCAAACACCAACCCCUGUGGAAGAUGAAGAGAUUGUCGUUGCUCCUCCCAGGCAAACUUGCCCCCAUUAUCGCAAUCCGCUAAGAAACAUCGAACUUCAAAGGCCGAAGACUAGAAGAAACGAGGCAGACGACGAUCUUUCCGGGCCUGUUCAAAGAAACAAGUUCAUCACGCGACCGGAUAUCGAGCAGCUUGCCACCAGCAGCAGCUUCGAGCAGCUGCAAGAGAAGCUAGAAACCAUCUCUGAAACUACCGAAAGCACGCCAAGAAAACCUGCUGAACGCCGAGAGCAGCUGGAUAAAGCCUGCAAUACUGCGCCCUUAACGGCUGAGAGCAAAGAGGUGCAGGUGGCGCCUGAAACGAACACUGUUGGAGCAUGCUGCAGCUGCCCCAAAGAAAACAAGAAAAUUCAAGCCAACGGGGGUUGGACCAAGAAGAAUGUGGCUAUAGAAACUGAGCCACUUUCACUCUGCAAGCCGCUAGAAAUCCAGAACCUUCCUCCUGCAGAUAUUCCCUCUAGGCGAAAAUGUAGCACCUGCCAAGCCGAAUUCUUGCCCCUAUUGGAGAUUCUCCCCAUCCCCCAAGUGUGCGAUAAAUGCAAAGUGGUGCUACAGCACGAAAAUUUACCUAGCUGCUGCAUACGCCCAAAAUCAAAGCUGAAGAAACUGACCAUUCAAGUCUUGCCGCCCAUUGUGAUCAAGCAGGGCCUUACUUUGAGGCAAGUCCUCAACUUAUCAAUCGGGCCUAAUGGGAAAAGCAGCAAUCAGGUCCAAGACACUGAAAAUGUUGCUUACUUUGCAACAACAUCCAACGAUCUGCGAGUCUCUUGGUCUUCCAAAAAGAAUGAAGAUGUGUGGUUUAAUGACGAACCCAUCAGUGGCCCUUUGGGAGAGAAUGAGGAGAACUUUAAUUCUCCUAUUGUAGUCGAUAACAAUGAAAUAGAUGCUCCAGAUGUGGAAACUGUUGAGGUCCAGCAUCAGCCAGAGCAGGAUCCGCCCCACUUUCCAACCUUCCCUACGAGUCAAAGCUCGUGUAGCCAACCGGAGGCUUUUCUGCACGACAUCGACAACGAAAGCCAGUUUGUGUCAAAUUCGCACCUACAACCGCCCGGAAAUAUUAACGAUUUACUAGCAGAACUGGCCGAUUCCCGAAACUUGAGUCCUGAGCUGGAGGCGCAGCUACGCAACAGAAUUCUUUGGUACAAAUCGUACCAUAUCUUCGACAACCCCAACAAGCACGACCCCGGCCCUUUGGACAAAAAAUCUUUAGAGAAACUCUCCCAGAUAGACUUGCAGUUCUACAAAACCUUCAUCAACCCCAACCCCACUUUAUCUCAGGAGAUAUUCACUCCUCAUCAGUCCCGUAACAAACUGAUGGGCUUUGAGUCGAAAAUGGUGCAGUGCAACGAAUCGAUGCUUUUGGACGAGCCGCAAGCGCCUGAAGCCCAAAAGACGCCAAUGGCCGACAAAGAAAACGAGCUGGAGUCAACGAUAACAGUACUGAGGAUGAAGGAAGCUGAGAAGAAACAACAGAACUCUUUGCGAGAAAGCCAUCCAGAGUCUUAUUCAUCUCCUUCAGAAGUCACUGUCACUAUCUCCUAUUCGGUGUCUUCUGAAGAGAGACUGAGGGCGAAAGACUCGAAAAAGAGCACAUCGGAAAUGCAUGAAACCGAGGUGAAAACCAUCGACCUAGACGAUUAUCAAGAGCUGCCUAAGGAUCUAGAGGACAAGGUGAUUAACGUGAAGGACAAAGAAGUGAUCAGCAAGCUGAAGGACAAGCUCAAAAGUGUGGACACCAAAGACUCACAGCCCAUUUUCACGUUAAGAAAACAGACUGCUGAUGAGGAGACUGUUGAUCAGUUCCUGAAGGGACUGACUAAAUUUAAGGAGAACAAGGAAGAAUCCGGCCAACAGCACUCCGUUGACUCCAGCAGCAACGACUCCCAAAACGGAACAACUAGUGUUAACUAUCUGUUGAGUCAACAUCUGGAAUUGGGGAAAAAUGGGAGAUACAGGGAUGAAGAGAACUUGUUUGCUCAAGUGCCGCAUCCUAAAAUCGUCAAACCUGUUAAGGAACUAAAAAUUCCUCAACGAGACCAAGAGAUUGCAAGACCAAGACCUAGGCAUCAACUGCAUCGAUUUUUACCGGACACUUCCAAUAGUGAAACAGUGACAAGCAACUCAUUAUCAGAAGGGGAAGUUCGAUGCAAGCACAGUGUUAGCAAUGGGGAAAUUCACCCCUGCCGCUCUCGCUGGCCACCUCGACGACAAAGAACGAUUUUAACGAAACGAAAUUUUCCGCUACCGCUGACCCAUCACGAAGCUCAUAAUAGGGGCACCUUAGGAAAGUUUAAUCUGGACGACCCGAAACUGGCCAUUGAGCAGCGACGGAACUACUUCAACAACUGGGUUACUUACUACGUGAAGCCGCAAGAUGUUUAUGAGAGCACCACCUCGAGCUGUAGCAACAAUAAAUAAAUCCGUCCGAA